AAACAUAAGCGGCGCUGAGCCACGGCAAAUAAUAAAUAAAAAUGUCAAAUAUUAACAUUAAUAAUGUAGACAUGUCUGAAAUUAUUGAGUUUGUAAUGCCAAAUGCUAUCAGAUAUUCUGAACAAACGCAGGACCACGACAAUGACAGUGUUGAGGAGGUCAUGGAAGGUAAUACAUUGGUGGACAUGGCCCAUGCAUACGGGGAGGAGUUCCUCUUGGUAAACGAAGAUGGGACCGUGGGUGAACUGCUGCAACUGCAGGAGCAUGAGUUGGUGAACUGUGCAGAAGAACCGGAUGAGGAUGACGAUGAGCAGUAUUUAUUGAGCGAGCAGGCACCGGAGGAUGCCCUGCAGCAUUUUAUCAAAGGCGAGACCGAAAUUGGAGGUGAAGAUGAAAUAUUAGACGAGCAAAUUGAACACUAUGAACAGUUCGAUGAACAGAUCGAAGAUGAAAAUGUUCAGCCCGAGCCAGGGUACAACUAUCACUAUGUGCAAUCUACAUCACCCACAAACGAAGCGCAAGCUCUUGAGUUUGACGAAAUCCAACAGUACAGCGCAGAAAACAGUGAGCAGAGUUUUCAACAACAGCAUGAGUAUCUUAAUAAUGAAGAGGAUGACUAUGAGGAAGUCGAUGCUCCAGAUACUAAUUUGGAGUCUGAACCUGCAAAACCAAUCCAACCCAGCGAUAAGAUGCUGGACACAUUUAAAGGCCCUCGUCGUUAUAUGCUCUUCGAUGAUCUUAUAGCCACCAUAGUCGACUUUGAUGAGCACGGUACGCCUAUUGUGGAAUUCUCAAUGAUAUGCAGCACAUCCGACGAGAAGCUGCCCGUGGAAUGUGGCAUUUGUCCAGAUGUCAUGGCCAAAUCAAAGUUGGCUAAACAUCAAAAGAUCCAUCUAGUGCCAGGCACCAAUCGCUAUGCCUGCAUCUACUGCACUGAAACCUACAGAGACUGCAAAUAUCUGGCGGGGCACGCGAGGCGCCACAUGGGCAUACGGCCCUAUGUCUGCGAGCCCUGCAAGCUGUACUUCUCCACCAAGCAGGACCUGCGCGUGCAUAAUCAGCGUCGUCAUCUGGAGAAGGAGCACAUCUGCGAGAUGUGCGGACACACCUUUGCCCAGUACACACGAUUGAAACGACAUCGAGAGGCAACUCACGAAAAAAAGCGAAGAUUUAGCUGCCCACAUUGCCCGAAGGCCUACUACAAGAACUUUUCGCUCCAGGAGCAUAUACGCAAUGUGCACAUGGGUAAGCGCCGCAUGCUCAAGUGUCCAUUCUGUGGUAUGCAGUGCCGGGAUGCGCACAAGAUGGCGCGACACCGGAAGGAGAUGCAUCUGAAUCAGGACUCGUAUGAGUGCCAUUUGUGUAACGAGGAGUUCACCGAUAUUAAUUACUUUGAUGCUCACAAGCGUUCCAUACAGUGCCGCAGUAAUACGCGACGCCAACGCAUUGAGGAUGCAGCAACAGCGGGAACCUCGACUUCUGGUGGUAAUCUUGAGUCCGAUGACCUAGCUGCCAUGGGAAUGGAGGAGGAUUAUGACGAGGAUGCGGGUCUCAUGGUCGAAGGAAGUGACAGCAACGCCAUCUAUGAGACAGUUAGCGGUAGCUAUAUACAACUUCAGGAUGUGGAGGACGACCCAAGCCAAUUUGCGGAGCAAUUUGAAUACGAGGAUGAGGUUUUGCUCGUCGAAGAGGUCGCUGAGGGUGACGAAAUACUCGAAGAGCAAUAUAAUCCGCAACAGCAGCAACAGGUGGACCCCGAGUACAAUGACAAUGAGCUAGUCUACGAAAUCACGCUGGAGACUGAGGAUAACUAAAACCCCGUAUACUAUAAAUAUAAAUAUACAUAUUCAAAGCAGUCUUGCGCCAGUAACCGGGGAAACCCAUCGAAGCAACCCAGGAUCCCAGAGGUGUAUAUUCGUAGUAGUCAAAAUGCAACCCGUUGCCUCGCUAUCAUUCCAGCAGAGCAGCAUUGCCAGCAGGCAAUAUUAAAUAAUUGUGUUUACAAAUA